AAACUCGCAUAUAUAACCACUUGUUCCAUUUUCAUUUGGUCAAAAAAUAAAAAUGGGUGAAGGCAUAGUUGAGAAAGCUCUAAACAGCUUAGGAAAAGGCUUCGAUUUGACAUCAGAUUUCAGGCUCAAAUUCUGUAAAGGUGAAAAAAGUUUGGUUCUUCUCAAUGAAUUUGAUAAAAGAGAGAUGAUUGUGCCUGGUUUUGGAGCCAUAAAAGAUGUUUCUGUUGACAUUAAAUGUGAUAAAGGAGAUCGCACACACUAUCAAUCUGAUAUACUCACUUUCACCCAAAUGUCAGAGCUAUUCAAUCAGAAAAGUUCAAUCCUUGGAAAAAUCCCAAGUGGAUACUUCAAUGCUAUGUUUGGAUUUGAUGAAGGUUCAUGGGCAGCUGAAGCAGCUAACACAAAGGGUUUGGGUCUUGAUGGCUAUUUGAUAAAACUCUUUAAUCUUCAUAUUCAUCAUUGCCCACUUCUUCUCUCUAAACAAGUCCUUCAAGAUGUUCCUUCUUCAUGGGAUCCACCUUCACUUGCAAGAUUCAUUGAGAAGUUUGGGACUCACAUCCUUGUGGGGCUUAGCAUUGGAGGGAAAGAUUUAUUGCUGGUGAAGCAAGACGUGUCUUCCAACUUGGGGCCAUCAGAGCUCAAGAAUCACUUGGAUGAACUUGGAGAUCAGUUAUUUAGUGGGACAUGCAAUUUCCUUCCCAAAAAUAAAGACCACAAACACAAGGUACCGUCCGCUUUCAAUGUCUUCAACGACUCAACAUCCGUUUGUGCAAAAGAUGGAAUAACGGUGAUAUGUGCUAAAAGGGGAGGGGAUACCCAAGUGAGUAGCCAUAGUGAGUGGCUUCUGACAGUUCCUAGUAAAGCAGAUGCAGUUGAUUUUAGUUUCAUUCCUAUUACAUCUCUUCUUAAAGGUCUUCCUGGUAGAGGUUUCCUUUCUCAUGCUAUCAACCUCUAUCUUCGUUAUAAGCCUCCUAUGUCAGACUUGCCAUAUUUUCUUGACUACCAAGGACACAAACUUUGGGCUCCAGUUCACAAUGAUCUUCCUCUUGGCCCAGCUACAAACAUAACUACUCUUUCACCUUUUCUUACCCUCAACUUGAUGGGUCCCAAACUUUAUGUCAACACCGAUAAGGUAAUAGUUGGCAAAAGGCCUAUCACAGGGAUGCGCUUGUUUCUCGAAGGCAUGAAAAACAACAGAUUAGCCAUACACGUGCAACAUCUAUUGAACACUCCAAUAAUGCUUAGCAAUAAAAUUGAGGACACUACAAUAUGGUCAGAAGAAAUCAACGAUGAUCGUUUCUUUGAACCAAUAAAUGGGAAGAAAUUUUCGCAUGUAUGUACAUCAUCAGUGAAAUACAAUCCUAAAUGGAGUUCAAAUAAAGAUGUGUCAUUUAUUGUAACUGGAGCACAACUUCAUGUCAAGAAACAUGACACAAAGAGUGUCCUUCAUCUAAGGUUAUUGUUCUCCAAGGUGUCUAAUUCUUUUGUUGUGAAAUCAAAUUGGACACAAGGCUCUUCUAGGUUAUCACAAAAGUCUAGCAUUUUUUCAGCAAUAAGCACGUCAAUUUCUAGUAAAGAUAAAGACCAGCAAAAAGCAACAAUAGUUUUGGAUUCAAGUGUGUUUCCAACUGGGCCUCCAGUACCUGUACAAACACAAAAGAUGUUGAAAUUUGUGGACACAUCCCAGUUAUGUAAAGGCCCACAAGACAGUCCUGGACAUUGGUUGGUCACUGGGGCAAAAUUGGUCAUGGACAAAGGUAAGAUAUGUUUGUGGGCCAAGUUCUCUUUGUUAAAUAUUGCCUUAUGAAUUAUGGUUUUUUUUCUCUCACCUAUUCAAUUUCCUCAGCUACACAAAAAUAUAUGGAUUAGUCAAUUCAAAUGUAUAAAAUACACAUUUGAAUUAAUCAAUCUAGACAAAUUUGAAGACUUUUGAAAAUAUUUGGGAUGAGAAAACAAGUUUUCUACGAAUUAAGAUUAAGUUGAUCCGAGUAAAACUAGGUUCAAAUUUUUUAAAUAAGGUCUCAAGUUUUAUCUUGUAAAUAAAAAAAUAAACUAGUUGAAAGAAAAGAGUUCAACUUCUUUAAUGAAGAAUCGUCUAUAUAAAUUGUCUGAGUUAAACAUGAAAAGUUUUUCAGUUAAAUAUUUCAAUGUAAAUUGUCAGAUUCAUGUAUAUCCCAAAAAAUUGAUUAUCCUUGUAUAAUUAAUAUCUCAAACUACAUUAUAGAGAGGUAGUUAGUAAUAGAAUAAUUAUUUAUUUCAUUUAUUUUGUAAGUAGCUUCCAACAAAAUAAAGGAUUUACAAUAUUGUAUUAUUGUAUUGUAUAUUUCUAAGGAAUUAUAUAUGAGUAGGAAUUCAUUUA